AUGAUGCUGUUUGUGUGUUUGCUUCUGAUACUCUCAGCCCUAGUGGCAGAAUCAUCGCUGGCUCUUGCUGGUUCCCUUUAUAGCCAUGCUAUAAUGGCUGCAGAUAUGGGAGUUAUUUACAUGUAUUUGCCUCAGACGGCAGUAUUUUUCCUCUUCUUUGUCACGCUCAACGUAAUCUUUCCAGGGUCACCCACCCGUACUCUGUCUUGGCUCUUGAGGGCCGCUUACCUCGGGCUUCUUUGCCAUCAUUUUCUUUGUCUUUGUCAGCCCAAUCUUCCAGAAUUCCUUACUCAUAAAACACUGGCGAGUCCAACUAAUCCGCCCGGUCGUCUAAUCAACUCGACGCCUUCACAUCAUAGACUGGCAGGCAGGAAGAGUAAUCGGAUUGAGAAGUCUGAAAGAGUGGGGUGA